GCACUGGGGCUGGAAUCACAGGCAGACUGCUCACGGAGAAAGCACUCUGCAAAUUCUGAUAUCUCAGGCAAAAGUUUCAUAGGUGGUGGGCCAUGGAGCUUCUUGUGAAUAUAAGAAAAUGGAUAGAAGAAAACAAAGCUGCCUUUUUGCCACCUGUUUGCAAUAAGCUUAUGCAUCGCUAUCAGUUAAAUGUGAUGUUUGUUGGAGGGCCAAAUGAAAGGAAGGAUUAUCAUAUCGAAGAAGGAGAAGAGCUUUUUUACCAGGUUCAAGGAGAUAUGUGUUUGAAGAUAAUUGAAAAUGGGAAACACAAAGACAUUGUCAUCCGAGAAGGGGAGAUGUUCCUGCUACCUGCCAGGAUACCUCAUUCUCCUCAGAGAUACAAAAACACUGUGGGUCUUGUGAUUGAGAGGGAAAGAUUAAAAACAGAAAUGGAUGGGCUAAGAUACUAUGUUGGAGAAUCAACUGAUGUCCUCUUUGAAAAAUGGUUUCACUGUGAAGAUCUCGGCACUCAACUUAUACCAAUAAUUCAAGAGUUUUUCAACUCAAGGCAAUAUAAAACUGGAAAACCAAACCCAGAUGAACUCCUGAAAGAAACACCUUUCCCACUGAAUUCCACUUCUGUUAUGGAGCCAUUUUCCUUCUCAAGCUGGUUAAAUGACCAUCGUUGUGAAAUAAAACAGAAAAAGUCCUUAAGUAUGUUUGGAGAUAAUUUUGAAACAGAGGCUAUAGCUUAUGGACCAGGAACAACUGAGAAAAGUAAAAAGGAUUCAGAUAUCUGGAUAUGGCAGCUGGAGGGCACAUCGACUGUUGCCAUGGAUGGUAAAUCCCUGACACUCUCUGCUGGUGACAGCCUGCUUGUCCGUGCCCAGUCUGUGUACUGCUGGAAAAGAGCAGAAGAUUGUGUUGCUCUCUGCAUCGCUCAGGAUCCAAAACGCAAACAGCCUUAUAAAUAACUCCUCUGUCACUUGGCUUUGAGGAUAACCAAGUUUUAACCUACCUACCUUAAUUAUAUUCUACUCAGAAUGCCUGGAAAUUUGAAUACUCUAACACAAUGAUGAAGUGGAGUCAAGUGCUGUGCCCAAUUAAAACUUUUUCCCCCAAGUAGUUAAAGUUUUAGCAAAAUUUAUAAUCAGUAUUUUUUUUAAGAUCUAGUGUUUUGUUAGAUUUUAUCUGAAAGGAAAUGACAACAUAUCGAAGUAGCAGGAUUACAUAUGUAGUAAUACCUGACACUAUCUAGAUUAAACUAGAUUCCUUUCAAAUGCAAGUCUCUGCCACAAAAUGUAGAAAGGGAGACAUUGGACAGAUAGUGUUACACUUCUUAGGUAACAGGCUGGAUGCUGUGUGCAUGCUACACUGAACAUAGCCCUGAACAUGGGACUAAACAGGAGCAUCUGGGUCAUGGGUGUGCUCCUGUGCAGCAGAAUUCUCAAGUCAAAUUCACCUUUAGAGGUAUGUUAACGGAUUAGAGAGCAGAAAAAUUAUUAUAAUC